AUGACGGUAGUAACCCCACGCCGCAAACUCCGGAUUGCGGUUCUCUGCUGCUUUCCUAUUCCCGAGAACAUUGCGAAAGAUAGGGGCCAAUUUGACGACAUUUUCGCCAGCUGGAUUCUAGCAUCUGUCAAUGCGUACAACGCCAAAAGGCCGAACGGCCAAAUUAUUGCCGAGGUUACUGGCUUCGAUGUGAUUCUCAAAGACGAGUAUCCCUUGCCAGUGGAAGAUUUCGAUGCCCUCGUCGUCACUGGUUCCGUGGCUUCAGCAUAUGAUGAUGAGCCGUGGAUUCACAAGCUAGCUGCCUUCCUCCGAGAUGUCUAUGAGAACUCUCCAAAUGUGAAAAUAUUCGGGGGAUGUUUUGGCCACCAACUCAUUGGCCAGGCCUUUCUAUCCAAACAUGGCGCUCGGGUAGUGAAGAACCCCAAGGGUUGGGAGAUUGGGGUUCAUCAAGUGUCGCUUUCAGAGGACUUCGCAUCCCAUUUCCCUUGUCUGAAGGGCGACACCGUCUCGUACCAGUUUCUUCACCAAGAUGUGGUACAACUGGACGUACCACUGCCUCCGAACUGGGUGCAGAUGGGCACAUCUCCCUUGUGCGAAGUUCAGGGAUUCUUAGUGCCGGGCCGGGUGUUGACCUACCAGGGGCACCCGGAAUUUGACACUUUCAUCAACAAAUGGAGCACAUUAGCCGUGCAGCAAUCUGGGAUGAUACCCGAUGAUGAGAAGAUGAAGGAGUAUUUGAGACUUGUAGAUCAGGAAGAUACAAGGUUGCUGGCUGGCGAGAUGGCCAUCCAGUUUUUCUUGUCGCAGCCGACACUUGUAGAGUAG